GGAAGGGGAGCGGGGCGAAGCGGGCGGCAACUACAAGUCCCGGCAAGCCGCGCCGCGCUCCCGCCCCACCUCUCCCGUCGCUGCCGCCCCGAGGGGAAGAGGAAGCGGCGGGCUGGGGCGGCGGGCGGCCGUGGGGUGAGCGGGGCGGGGACGAUGCGAGGAGCGCGGGGCAGCGCGCAGUACCGCGGUAAUGGAGUCUUGCAGCUCUACCAGCAUUUCCAAGAGCAAAUCGCCGACUUCUGAAAGUGAAGAUGAGAUUGAGUUUGUUGGAGAAGAACCCUUAAGACCCGUACUGGAAUGCAUUGAUCUUGUCAGUAGUGAUGAUGAAGAACCUAAUAGCAGUGCUUAUGCUCGAAGAAAUACUAAGCGUAAAGAUUACAUUGACUAUCAGAAAGAAAGAGUUGCAUCGACCCUGGAUCGCCUGGCACGCCAUGUUGAAGUAGAGAAACAGCAAAAGGAAGAAAAAAACAAAGCCUUUAAGGAGAAAGUUGAUUCCCAGUAUGCUCACGGGUUGCAGGAACUAGAAUUUAUUCGGGAACACAGUGACACAGAAGCUGCAAGAUUAUGUGUGGACCAGUGGUUAAAAAUGCCAGGUCUCAAACCAGGCACUGUUAACAGUGGAAGAAGGGGUGUUUGUCAGAGAGCAGGUCAGACACAAGUCAACAGAAGUCCCAUUUCUUGUCCUGUGAUGCAUUGCAACAGAAAGUUUGAUAAUGGACAUCUGCUUCUAGGUCACCUGAAAAGGUUUGAUCAUUCUCCUUGUGACCCAACAGUCACAUUACAUGGACCCCCAAAUAAUGCUGUUGCCUGUGUGAUAUGCUGCCAAACAUUUUCAACCUUUCAGCAGUACAGUGACCAUCUUUUAUCUAAGCUUAAUCAAAAUGACGGACAUGAAAAAGAUCUCCCUCCACAACAUAUUCAGUGUUUUGCGUGCCCAUGCUGCUUCCUCCUCUUCACCAAAAGAGAUGAAUGCUUGAAUCAUAUGUCAGGAAAGAACCACUUCUCCCAUCUUUCUAAAUUGAAUGAAAUGAAGGCUGGUGUUCCUCUACCUUUCCCAUCCUAUGCAAAGAAGCUGCUGAUAUCUCUCUGCAAAGAGGUUCCCUUCCAAGUGAAAUGUAUGUCCUGCUUACAGAUACUACGCUCCCAUAUGGAAUUAACAGCUCACUUCAGAACACGUUGUCGUAAUUCUGGCCCUAUGGCAGUGUCCAAGAAGAGGAUCUCUCAGAUUGCAGAGAUAUUCAAAACAAAAGGUCACUGUGAGAACUGUGAGAAGCUGCUUGCUGAUGAGAAUCAGGUCAUGCAGCAUAAGCAAAGCACUAAGCAUAACGUUAAAGUUCAUACUACAAUGGAAGAGUCUAUCUUGAUGUUCUGUCAUAUCAAUGAAAAAAAUAAAAAUGCAUCUCAUCUGUGCCAUACUGUGGAUUGGUCAAGACCAUUGCUUAAGAGACAUUUGAGCUCGAAUGAGUCAGCCAGUGAAAGUGAAUUUACUCCUUCAAAACGGAAGAGUGAUUUAAAAAAAAACAACGAAGGUCAUGUCGGAAACCAAAGCCAAGGUAGUGCUUGCAAAGUGAAAGCCUGGUUUUGUGAAUGCCUUCAGAAGUUUCUUACAGAAGAGUCAGUAGAAAAACACAUUUUGUCAGCAAAUAGGAUCUGUCACAAAUGUGCAGUAUGUGGAAAGCUUGCUGAAAACUCAAGUAUCAUCCGCCUGCAUAUGAGCCGAUUCCAUGGAGGAGCACACUUGACUAACUUUCUUUACUGGUGCAGAGCGUGCUCUGUAGAUCUCCUCAAAGAAGAGGAUAUCAUGAGACAUGUGACUGAGUUCCAUGGGGGACAUAGUUACUAUUAUGAGCAAGAAGCUCUGGAGGAUGAACCUAUGGCAUCAGCUUCUGACACAGUGUACGUUUCUGAAGAUGAAAGGAAAGAUGCCAUUCCUAGCCCUAUGGAAAUCUCUCCUGAAAAAUGUCCUAAUCUGGGAAAAUGGCAAUGCCACAUUUGUGAGGAGAUGUUUGAAUCUGAAGACAGCGUUAAGCAGCAUUGCAUGUCCCUAGAAAGCCAUGCAUUUCACAGAUAUUGCUGUGGAUUUUGCAAAAAUCACUUUCGGAAAGUAGGAACACUGCAGCGACACUCCCAAGAGUGUCAUAAUGGGGAGAUAAAAAUUAAAUACUUCUGUGGCCUUUGUGGCAAUCUCUUUUUUGACACAGACAAAGAAUUUCUAAUCCAUUAUGAGGAGUCUCAUAGCAUGGACUAUGUAUUUGUGCCUGAGCGGGUGGAAAUAUCAAUAAAAAAAGAAGAUGACUUCCUCCCAGAAGAAAAAGGAGACUAUUUAACCUGUGGUUGCCGGACAACUUAUAUAUCCAAAGUGAACAGGAGGAAUGAUUCCAUAAAUUGUCAGAAAGCCAUGCUGCAGGAAGGAAACUUAUGGUUUCGCUGCUGCUUGUGUUCUGCAACUGCACAGAAUUUUGCAGAUUUGAACAGUCAUCUCAACAGCCACACAUCAGUGAAAAGUAAGCAAGAGAUGUAUGUUGUUAGAUGUGCUGCAUGCAACAAGAAUUUUGACGAUCUUCAGAGUGCACAUCAGCACUAUCACAUGAAACACUGCUUCUUACAGAAACCUGAUAUAUCAAGUUUUGCAUCAGAACCAGAGAAUGCAGUAUUCAAGUUCACGGCAAGUGGGGCUUGCGUGGAAAAAAAAACCCAUGAACUAAAAUUUCAUGCGAAUCCAUCCAAGACUCAGGGAAGACCAGAGUCUCCUCCCCUGCAGGGACCAAUCCAUGGAAAGAAAGGGAAAACUGAAAGUUCGGCAUGCUCCAAAGAGCCUGACAGUGAACUCCCUGAUCUUGACUACCUGAGUACCAUGACUCACAUUGUGUUGGUGGAUCUGGACAACUGGGGAAGCUUAUUCACACAGCUGCCAGCUAACCUGAACCAAGGAACAUUUAUCUGGGGCUUUCAAGGAGGAUACAGUAACUGGAAACCUCCAGUGCAGUGCAAAAUUUAUAAUUACCUUAACAAGAUCGGAUGUUUCUUCCUUCAUCCACGUUGUGGUACCAGAAGAGAGGCAGCGGACUUUGCACUCUGUGUUCAUGCUGGUCGGCUAGAUGAGCACCUGCCCAAGCAAAUUCCUUUCACUGUACUUUCUGGAGACAAAAGCUUCCUGGAACUGGAAGCUCAAUUUAAGAUGACUCAGCGGUCAGCUCGCAUUCUGAAUCCCCAUCACAUUGAAGGAGACAUGAUGUGUGCCUUGCUAAACAGCAUUUCAGAUACCACAAAAGGUUCCGAUAGUGAAGAGGAUGAUGAUACCAAACUAACAGUGAAAAGGAGUUUAGAAGAAACAAAGAAACAAGAAGAGGAUGAUGCAGGAUUAGAAGAAGCUAUCAAGAGAAGCCUUGAGGAAAUGUAAAUGAAAAUACUUCUGUAUGCUAAUACCGUGUCAUCAAAGCUGCUCGCAAAAAUGGAAGCUUGUUCAUCUCUUUACAAAGGCUUAGAAAUUCUGCUUCAAAAACAUGUCUGUAUCUUGAAUUGUUAGAUCUAUAAUCUCAUGUUCUCUGUCAUGCUGAUAGAGUUUAUGGAUAUCUGCUGCAAUAUAUUAUAUAUUAUAAAAAUACACUUUAAAGCCUUUACACAUUCUGUUUCUAAUGGAUGAUGGCUAAGUCUCACUGGUCUGGCUGUAUAAGUUGUUGCCCAAUCAGUGGGCUGAUGUUACUAUGUGUUUGGUUGUUUUUUGUUUUGCUUUAAUUAUUUUAUUAAUUGGUUCUUAUAUUUAAUUUUUCUGUCACAAAAUGUGAUUGUCUUUACUUUUUCAUGUGGUCUUUGCAACAGAUAAAAAUAGUAAACUUCAAUUGUCUCAGACUGACUUGCUUAGCUAAUCUUGUUAUAAAGAGAAGCUUAGUUCCCAGAUGUAUAAAUUGAACAUAUGGUCUCAGCUCUUGUAUGUGGAUGGUCUUGCCUUAGAGACCACAGUUUUUUUUAAUAUGCUGUCUGUUAUAAAUGGCAGAAUCAGGACCAUGAACUGCACAGAUAGUUUCUGUUAUCUUUAUUUUUAUAAAUGUGUCUAUUUUUUCAGUAGUAGUAUGGAAGCGUUGGAUUAGGUGGCUUGAAGUUUACCAGGUUUGGUACAUCUCUCUCAUCUAAGGACAGAACAAAUUUGUAAAUGAACAAAAGCUAAGGAAACUUUGCAGUUCCAGUUUGAAAUAGAUGUGAACAAAUUUAAGAUGUAUAAUUCCUAUAUAUUGGUGGUCUUUACUGGUCCCUUCUGUUUAUGAAGAUGUGGCCUGGGAUAAAGAAAUUGUGUCCAUUGUUUUUGUACUGUUCUUAUUUUUAGGUGAAUAAUUAUUAUAAUGUUUAAAAUGAAGCUGUCUAUGCCACCUUUCUCAUUUCCCUCUUUUAAAAUUCUUAUGCAAGGUGUCCAGCUUUACCAGCUUGUGCUACUUUAUAAUGAUUCUUGUCAAUCACUAAGAAAGAAAUCUUGAUGUAACAAAAAUGCCAGCUUUUCUUUUUAUUCAUUACCCUGUGAGUUUGCUUGCAACUGCUGUAAAUCUAAAUAUUUAUUAUGCAAAGGAAUACUUAUUUUUGGAGAGUCAGAGAAGAGGAAAGCUAGAUUUUACUUGCCAUCAGUUCCAAAGAGUUAGAACAACUACUAUAUGUCAUCGUGAUUAGAAAAGCUGGAAAACUGACACUGUUUUUCCUAUGUAUUUGCUGUCUCUCAAGCAACUCACCAGAUUCUUCACUAGUUUUAUUUCUGAACUCAUUUGCAAUCAUACAACCUGAAGAAACAGUUGAAUCUCCAGAAAAUAGAUUGAACACUUUCAGUGAAUUGGCUCUGAAAAUGCUACAGAGUGAACAGAAUCUCGCGAUGUUUUUCCAUUGCAUCAGCUGCUUGCUUUCCCACUGUAAAUUUUGGAUUAAUUAGUUCAGUUUGGGGUGUGCAGUGCCAUACUGCUGCUGAGCAAGCACUGUUCUAGAAGACACUGAGUUGCCUUCAGCUAAUGACUCAAGCUAAAUCAAUUUCAGAAUUUUUCACACUGAGUCCUUGUAAUAUAAAGUGAAAUGAGACAAAGCUUUCAUUAAUCCAAGUAAGAAGUUUUGGGAAGGUUUCUUCAGCACAGACACUAUAAAGUUGCAAAUUCUUUUCUAUUAAAAAAUGUUUCAUCUUGAGAAUGUUCUUUGCUUGACAACAAAUGUCUAAAACCUGGCUAGAUAGUCUUCUCUAGAGUCUGCUGUGUUAGAUCUUGAACUUAAACUUUAUUCCUCAUAAUAUUUCAUUCUGUCAUAAAAUUUAAGGUUGAUUUUACCUAAUGAGCCUUGACUUAAUAAAUUGCAUUAAAAAAAGUUGUGUGCAUAUAGAUUCUCUAUCCUUGGAGCUGUAAUUAUUAAAGUUAGCCUUGAUAUACUGGCCUCCUCAUCUGCUUACUGAAACGAGUAGCAAAUCCCAACCUCUACUUCUGUGGCUCUUAUAAACCAUCUAGAGUUCUAGUCUGUAUGCUUCUUCCAGUAGAAAUAGUCUACAGAAUCAUCUGUGUCUUCAAAUCUGUCCUUAUUUUCUUUGAGAAUCGUAUACUCUCUGAAAUUUUUCUUCACAAUGUUUUCUGCCACUACAGGUCUCUGAUAACUUCUGUUUCCAGAAGAACAGAGAAAAUGAGGAUUCUUAAAACUCUGCAUGUGCAGACUUGUGACUUGUUAGUCACCAGCUUCUCAUGGUACUGCACCUUGUUCUUCAGCUGAAAUAAGUGUCUUGUAAACAUCUGGUUUCAGAAUUUAAUGUUUCUGCCUGGGAAAUCUUGUUUAACUGGCUGAACUCUUUGAGGUUUGCCCUAGGUAUUCUGUGAGAUCUGUCUGCAUUUACAAGCACAGCUUGUAUGUUAUAAGAAGCUUGCCCAGCAUCCCUUUGUUCUUGCUCUUUUUAAGAUAAUUUGCAUCUAUGCUGAUGUUUGAGUUCCCCCUUUGUUACUGAAAAGUAAUUGUGUGGUGCUUUUUUAUGUUUAUCUAUAAUGAGGGAAAAAACUCAUCUCAACCUGGCAACCACCAGGUUGUUCGUAUUCAGAGACAAGUUCAGAUACCAGAUAAAUUGGUGUAACUGUAACACGCUGUAGCCUUGAACUUCAUGCCUGCCUUAUUGCUUCUGUAGAGCUUUAAUAAUAAAUACAAGAAUAUGAAGGGAUGA